AUGUGGAGAUGUGCAGCUGAUUGGCUCUCUGCAACCGGCUGGCGGUUUGCGACGACAGCUGCUCAUGGUGCCGCUCGCCAGCAGCAACACCACGUUGGGCCUCAAAAAAAGCUGGGCCUGAAGGACGUGCAACACAUCGUCGCCAUAACCUCUGCCAAGGGCGGUGUGGGAAAGUCAACAACCGCAGUCAACGUGGCUGUCGCCAUGGCCACCCGUCUGGGCCUGCGUGUGGGGCUGCUGGACGCCGACAUCCACGGGCCCUCCAUUCCCACCCUCAUGAACCUGAAGGGAAAGCCCGCGCUGGACAAGGCAGGUUCCCAAGCCCUGAUGCUGCCCAAGGAGAACUACCGAGUCAAAACGAUGUCCUUUGGGUUCUUUUUGGAGCACAGCCUCAUUACGUCAUAA